CACACCGGAGACCAAAAACCAGAUUUUCAGGAGAAAAAAAUGCAGAAUGAAGAAAUAAAAUAUUCCCUAGUGGUGACUCCUUUUGUUUCUUUCUCCUUCCUUCCUUGGCCUACUGUAAUUGUUCUUUAAUGGCCGCAAAACAAUUCGUUUUUGGCCUUUUUGCACAGUCUAAAUAAUUGCGACAACACAGACAGCAAAAUCCAGGAAAGGGCGUGUGCACUUGACAGGCCGUUGACAUAAUCGUUACUCGGAUUUGGCUACUCUGUUGAGAACUUGCCCAGAACUUAUGAAUGUGUAUGGAUGGAUUGCAUUUAUAGAUGAUACAGUGAAACUGAAAUGAAGGGAGAGACAUUGGGCUUAAUACUUGGGUUAUCAAUUGGGGUAGUGGUUGGAUUGUCUUUGGCCAUAGCCACAUUUUUUUGUUUCAAGUGUCACAAGAAGCGGCCACACAUAGAGAAAAGCACUUCUUUGAAGGCUGCUAAUAUCCCUAUACGCGUAAAUGGAGCUGAUUCUUGUACAAUCUUGUCGGACUCAUCUCUCGGGACUGAGUCACCCAAGUCUGCCAUGCCAAAAGGUAUGCUGUUGUGGCUCGGGGGAAUGAAGAAGACCAAUAUGGUUUCUGCAUCAGGAAUAGUAGAGUAUUCUUACAAGGACCUGCAGAAAGCAACCUAUAAUUUUACCACCUUGAUUGGUCAAGGGGCAUUUGGCCCCGUUUACAAAGCUCAGAUGAUGUCUGGUGAGACUGUGGCUGUAAAAGUGCUCGCAACUGAUUCAAAGCAGGGGGAGAAAGAGUUCCAAACAGAGGUUAUGUUAUUGGCAAGGCUACAUCACAGGAACCUUGUGAAUUUGGUGGGCUACUGUGCCGAGAAGAACCAACAUAUGCUUAUAUACGUCUACAUGAAGCGAGGAAGUUUGGCUUCUCAUUUGUAUGAUGAAAAACUUGGAGCACUGAAAUGGGAAUUAAGGGUUUUAAUAGCACUUGAUGUGGCUAGGGGCUUGGAGUAUCUUCAUGAUGGAGCAGUUCCACCAGUGAUACACCGUGACAUCAAAUCUUCCAAUAUCUUAUUGGACCAGUAUAUGAGAGCAAGGGUUGCAGAUUUUGGACUUUCAAGGGAAGAGAUGGUUAAUGCAAAAGUGGGCAAUGUUCGAGGGACUUUUGGGUAUCUUGAUCCUGAAUACAUAUCUACACGGUCAUUUACAAAGAAAAGUGAUGUUUACAGCUAUGGGGUGCUGUUAUUCGAACUUAUUGCAGCAAGAAAUCCUCAACAGGGUCUUAUGGAGUAUGUUGAGCUAGCAGCCAUGAACAAUAAUGAAGGGAAAGUUGAGUGGGAGGAGAUAGUCGAUCCUCGUCUGGACGGGAAAUUUGAUAUAGAAGAACUCGAUGAGGUGGCCACUCUUGCGCACAAAUGCGUGAAUCGUGUGGCGAGAAGAAGGCCAUCCAUGAGGGACAUUGUUCUUGUGCUCUCAAGGGUUCUCAAAUCCAGAUAUAGUAAGAGGCGUAAAAAUAAUUCGUCUACUCCCAGAGGAGAUGAGGUAAUCGUCAACAUGGAACAGUUAGAACGGAGGUCUGCACAUCCUGAACAUCGGAGAGUGGAAUCUUUGGACAGCAUGCCGGAAUCGGUUGAUGUUUAGAAAUUAUGUCUUUUUUUGUCAUUUUUUUUUUUUUUUU